AUGCCUUUGCCUGUGCAAGUAUUUAACUUUCAGGGGUCUGUGGAGCCCAUGCAGAUUGAUGCAGAUCCCCAGGAGGACCAGCAGAAUGCUCCAGACACAAACUAUAUCGUGGAAAACCCUACACUGGAUCUGGAGCAGUAUGCGACCAGCUACAGUGGAUUAAUGCGCAUUGAGAGACUGCAGUUCAUUGCUGAGCACUGCCCUCAGCUUCGAGUGGAGGCCCUGAAGAUGGCACUUACCUUUGUUCAGAGGACCUUCAAUGUUGACACUUACGAAGAGAUCCAUCGCAAACUCACCGAGGCCACACGGGAAGUGCAGGGUGUUCCAGAUACGGUCCCUGAAGGAGGGGUCGUUCCUCCUCCCCUGGACUCAGCCUGGGCUGAAUCCACCAGAAAAAAGGCUCUGCUUAAACUGGAGAAACUGGAUACUGAUCUCAAGAACUACAAGGGUAACUCCAUCAAAGAAAGCAUCAGGAGAGGCCAUGAUGACCUGGGGGACCAUUAUCUGGACUGUGGUGACCUCAGUAAUGCCCUAAAAUGCUACUCUCGAGCCAGAGACUACUGCACCAGUGCUAAGCAUGUCAUUAACAUGUGUCUGAAUGUCAUCAAGGUUAGCGUUUACCUCCAGAACUGGUCACAUGUGCUGAGCUAUGUUAACAAGGCAGAGUCCACGCCAGAAAUAGCAGAGCAAAGAGGAGAGCGAGACAGUCAAAAUCAAGCUGUCCUCACCAAAUUAAAGUGUGCUGCAGGAUUGGCGGAGUUGGCCUCCAGAAAAUACAAACCAGCUGCCAAGUGCUUCCUGCAGGCUUCCUUUGACCACUGUGACUGUCCAGAGCUCCUGUCACCCAGUAAUGUAGCUGUGUAUGGGGGCUUGUGUGCUUUGGCCACAUUUGACAGGCAGGAGCUUCAGCGUAAUGUCAUCUCCAGCAGCUCCUUUAAGUUAUUUCUGGAGUUGGAACCUCAGAUUCGUGACAUCAUUUUCAAGUUCUACGAGUCCAAAUACGCAUCCUGUCUCAAGCUACUGGAUGAAAUGAAGGAUAACCUCCUGUUGGACAUGUACUUGGCACCACAUGUCAAGACGCUUUACAGCCAGAUCAGGAACCGAGCCCUCAUUCAGUAUUUUAGUCCCUAUGUGUCAGCAGACAUGACCAAGAUGGCUCAGGCGUUCAACACGACGGUUACAGCUUUGGAAGACGAGCUUACCCAGCUCAUACUGGAGGGCCUCAUCAAUGCACGUAUUGACUCCCACAGCAAGAUUCUGUAUGCGAGGGACGUUGACCAGAGGAGCACUACAUUUGAGAAGUCGCUCCAUAUGGGCAAAGAGUUCCAGAGACGAGCCAAAGCUAUGAUCCUUCGUGCUGCUGUGCUUCGUAACCAGAUCCAUGUCAAGUCUCCACCCAGAGAAGGCAGCCAGGGUGAACUCACACCAGCCAACAGCCAGACCAGGAUGAGCACCAACAUGUGAGGAGGAAGUGACCAGCUACAGACCAGAGGGGAAUGAUCACUGUUCUACAACAUAUGCCUCACCUUCCAGCCAUCCCGCCCACUGUCUGUGAGCUGAACACAGAAGUGAGACACAAUGUAAAGACAGAUAUUCUGAAAUCACUUCUCUUCCCUUGUCAGACGAUGCAGGGAGGAAUCUUUUUCUUAGUCUGACAUGGAGAUUCAGACAAAAUGAAAAUGUGUUUUGAAUGAAAGCUCAGCACUUAGGCUGUAUGUUAUUGGUAGGAGAUGCACUUUGCUCUGCUUACACUUGAUGGAGACCUCAUUUACAGAAAGUUUUAAAAUAAAAACACCUAUCUAAACAAAA